GUUUCCUCACAAGUCAAUAGGACUACUGCUACGAGCGCGACAGGCUUUUGGCAGUUAUUUUCAGGCAUUGAAAAUCCAGUUCGACAGCAUUUUCACGCAGCACUACAGACAGUUGGCAGGCCACAUCUGCCUUUUCAAAGUCAGGAGUGUGCGCAGGCAGUUAAGUAUAUAAGACAGACUGACUCAAAGGAACUGACUCCACACGAACAAAGACAGGUAGCUGACAGGUGUGUGUGUGCGCGCGCCAGCGCAUGGUUGUGUGUAAAGUUUCACCGUUCAAGCUAUCACAAAAAUUUUCAAGAGGAGAGGACUUUGAGCCUGAAAAGUAUCUUGACAGCUGAUCCGUUCAUAUUUAAUCUGUCUCGAAACCGAACUCAAGAAGUUGCAAGAAAGAUGUGCAGCGGACAGUCGGCGUAUUAGCCGAGAUGGAUUGGACGACAGGAUGUCUAUUUCUUUUUUAAAUAGCCAGGAACAACUCAGACAUGGAAAUACAAGAGAGCACGACAACAGAGGUCGUACCGCAGGAUUCGGAGUGCCCCGUGUGCUAUGAGUGUUUCGGGAACACAGAGAGGACGCUGAGCUGUGGACAUGUCUUCUGUCACGACUGCCUGGUCAAAACGUUGGUCAGCGUGAGCAGGGACGGGCAGGUUACAAGACAGAAUAUUAUAUGUCCCAUCUGCAGACACCUAACUUUCAUCUCCAAACAGAACACCUUCGUUGCGAACCCUUGCAAGGAUGCCGAGAGUGGGCAGAGUCUGGAGGUCCCCGUGUCUCUCCUGGCUGGGACCCAGUCACAUCCUUUGGAGAGCCAGGACUGGGCGUCCACGCGCAAUUCACCGCCUGCGUACGCUGGACUCAGUCGGGUUCUGCAGUAUUUCAGGUGGAUUUCAACGAGAUUGAUCCAGCCACAGUUCAAGAGCCGGAACAAUGCAUCGCAGAUUUUCAUCAUCAGUAGUCAAGGCCGACCAAUGGUGGACGAGGACGAAAUUAGCGUGGUGACAACCACUGUUAAUGAGCCGGCCCAGCGACGGCGGCAGCGGAGGAGAACUUGCACGACUGCACGAUGCCUUCUUAUAUUGCUGACAUUAUUUACCGUGCUGACCUUAAUCGUUGCUUCUCUGCCGUGGAUUCUGUUGGGUUAAUUGAAAGAAUGGGCAAGUUUUUUUCUUUACACUGCGCAUUCAUUUAUUUUUAUUUGUUCAUGCACUUGUCACUUGCCAUUAAAUCAUAAACGAUAAUAUGUACUUCAGCGUGUUCAUUUUUAUCCUGUCAUUGUCGCGACGCUUAGGCCUCUGCUACCAUGUGUAAUGAGAAUGACAAAAUUUAGCUUAAUUAAUUUACUCCGCAACAGGGAUCUUCAUCUACCAAUUCUUGUGACUGGGGGCUAGAUUCUUAAAAAAUAUAUUUUAAAUUAAGCUCCCUAUACUGUUGAGCCCUUCACUACUCAGAAAAAAAAAACAGAAUUUUACGUGCAGUAACAGUAUAUAGAUUGUUGAAUAUAUCAAUUACAGCAUGUCUUUGGCCUAGUAAUCAGUCGAGAUAACGUACAGACGAUUUGUACGAAGCUUUUUUCAGUUUGUGUUCAUAAUUGCUCGGCAUGUGAAAAUUCAAUAGAGUACAAAUGUACCCUGUCUCGAGGGGGAAGUUU